UCGUUCGUUCGUUCGUUCGUUCAUUCGUUCGUUCGUUCAUUCGUUCGUUCGCGGCUCAGGAAGACGGGAAAGUGGAAGAAGAGGGAGUCGACUACCUCUUUUUCUCUCUCUCUCCCCCUCGAUCUCUAUUCGCCCUCGCUCGAUGGGCUACGCCGCCGAAAGAAGGUCAAAGAUCGAUUUUCGGGUUGACGAGGGUCGUGACCUCGCCGUACGCCGCCGCCGAGUACGAAGUGACCCACGCGCGUAGUAGUACUAGCCGCUAGUAGUAGUACGCCGGCCAGAAGCGCGGAAGAGUGUUAUUCGGUGAGGAGGCGAGGUGGCGGUGGUAGUGGCGGUCUGGCGGUGGGUGGAGAGAGGAUCGAUCGGGUGGAGGAUCAUCGUCGCGAUGCGAAGAUGAGGUCGAUCGACCGGCAGAGAAGAGACCGAACCGGCGACCUCCGUUGAGAUCGGCGAUACGUGCUCUAGCUGUCUCUCGCGUAGAGACAACGAGGACCGAAACGAUCACGUCCUCACGUCAAUGCACGUCGUUCGCGAACGCGCCAUCGCAUGUAGAGUAGAAACGUCCACGCGCAUCCCAGGACACGCCGUUGCCGUGUCCGCGAUUUGGCGUCGAAAAUCGCGGAAGCGCAAGGAGACCGGAAGCGAACCGUCGACGUCGUUAUCGUCAUCGGUAAUAGCCGAAUGCUGGAGCACGAAGUUGGGAACAAAGCGAAAAUCGAGUCGCCCGAAAAGAGGCGAUCGUCGAGAUUCCGGCGUGCAAAACAGCACGCCUCUAUCCUGCAACUCUUACCCUAACUGAAAGCUCGGAUAGACCGGACGGACGUCCCGCUACGAUCGAACAGGAAAACGCUCGUUGACCGAAUCACCCGUGCGGACAAUCGGGCUGAUAUGAGCGUGAAGACAGCGAGCGAGGGUGACGAAAGACAGGGGAAUCGCCGCGAGGCGUGACAAAGCGACUGCGAAAAUUUCGAGAUCCCGAUUGGAUUCUCUUGGAAAAUCGGGGAACGAACACUGCCGAGGACAGACCACUGAGUCACUAGAUCCAGGAAGAGGAAGAACGCGUAGAUUACUAAUAAUUCGCACAAAGCGAUCGCGAAAACGAGAUCGUAGAAGAGAAGGCCGACGACGAGAACACCGACGAGAUACCAACGGGACGCUGACUAGACUCUGACGUGACGACGACACUGACUCAAGACGUUCUCCCGCGCCUACGAAGAGGAGGACGAGGUACGGCUACGGGCCGAGGUUUCCCGUAGAAUGUCACGGGACCCUUACUCGAGCAGUGGCGUGGUCGGUCCCGGUGGUGGCACACGUUCGCCACGUAGUGGUCGUCGCAUGGGCGAACUGCCGACCGUCGAUCGCAGUCCGUCACGAAGUUAUGCGAGCGGUCGUGGCAGUCCGCUUGGUGGUCGCAAGCAACGGGGAACGCGCAGUGGUAACAACUCGCCAGAGCAUCUAGGCUACGGCGGCGGCUACCAUCACCAUCAGCUGGGCAGCCCGUACUACUCCCGCGACGAGGACCUCGGCAGUCCCGUGAUGCUCGAGGAGAGGGGCAGGAGUAUGUCGACCGGGGGCGGUGGGGGCGGACAUCACCGAUCCAGAAGCGCCUCGAGACCCGCCAUGUCCAGCUCGGCGGGCAUGGUAGCGCGUUACACCAGCCUCGACCGUGCCUCCGCUGGCGUUCUCGAUCAUGAUCGGGAAUUCGUGCCGAUACGUGAGCCGAGCCGCGAGCGUAGCCGCGAUCGCGGGCUCUACCUGGAGGACGAGCUUUACGGUUCCAGGUCGGCGCGUCAAAGUCCGAAUCCGCACAUGCUGCGCGACAGCGGUGGCUACAUCGGCGAGCUCCAGCACCAGAACAACGAUCUGCAGCGCGAGCUCGGCAACUUGAAGAAGGAGCUCGAGCUGACGAACCAGAAACUGGGCAGCUCGAUGCACAGCAUCAAGACCUUCUGGAGUCCGGAGCUGAAGAAGGAACGAGCGUUACGCAAGGAGGAGAGCACCAAGUACAGCCUCAUCAACGAACAGCUCAAACUGCUCAACUCGGAAAAUCAGAAACAAAGCAUGAUGGUUCGCCAACUGGAAGAGGAGCUCAGAAUGAGGAUGCGCGGGCCGAGCGUCGAGAUGCAGCAACAAAUGGAAGUUUUGUACAAUGAGAACGAGCAUCUGACUCGCGAAAUUGCCAUACUUCGUGACACGAUAAAGGAGCUGGAAUUAAGAAUAGAAACGCAAAAACAGACGCUGCAGGCUCGCGAUGAGAGUAUCAAGAAGCUCCUCGAGAUGCUUCAGAACAAGGGGAUGGGAAAAGAGGAGGAAAGGAUCAUGUUCCAGCAGAUGCAAUCGAUGGCCCAGAAGCAGCUCGAAAUUAGGAACUGGCGAUACGCACGUGACUUCCUACCCCACGAGGCCCUACCAUGGAGGACCCAACAGGAGCUCAAAGCGACGAACGAGAGCCUGAAGAGCCUGCAGACGCAGCUGGAGCUCGCAUAUGCCUCGACCGCGUCCUCGGGACAGCCGGUGGCCGGCGGCGGCAUCAUCGGCGGAUUGGCGGGCGCAUCGGUCAUCGGAUUAGGUAGCGUAUCGGGGGAUGCAGGUGCUGGGGGCUGCGGCGGCGGUACCGUCCUCGGAGGUAGCGUGGCGGUUCCAGGCGGCGUGCCCGGUAGCACCACCCUGACCGCUAUCAUGGAGACGAAAGACGCGCGCAUAACAACCCUGGAGAAGGAGGUGGCGUUGCUGGAGGCCGAGCUGCAGCGUAUUAAGGAAUGCGGCGGUAGGCUGCGGGAGCAACUGCUGAAGGCCACUGCUGUGCCAAGCAGCGGCGGUACUAUACAGCAGCAACAGCAACAGCAACUGGGUAUGACGCAGCCGACCGGCCUGGGUGGUCAGCAACAGCCCGGCACGUUGGCCCUGGCCAGGGGACCGUCCAUGAUGACCUCGCUGGUACCGUACGGUGGCCACGCGUCGUCCGCGGCACUAACCAGUUCGUUGCUUGCCGGUUCGACAGGUGGGCCUACCACCGGGAGUGGCGGCGGGUUGGGCGUCGGUGGCGGUUCCUCGUGCCUAGCUGGCAUCUCGUCGGGCACCACCACAGGCGUGGUCAACCCGUAUACCGAUCGCUACGGUACCGAUCAUCAUCCCCAUCAGAUGCAUCAUCAUCAGCAUCACCAUCACCACCAUCUUCACCAGCAGCAGCAGCAGCAGCAUCAGCUGCAGCUGCAGCAGCAGCAGCAGCAAAUGCAGCAGCAUUUGAAACAAAUAGAGCCAGCGGCGGCUGGCGCCCUCGCGCUGCACGCUCACACCUUCAACAAGCACGACCUGAACUUCAAACGGCAAGUAAGUUUCUUCAUCAACAACGUGCGCAUCGAAAAGAACGACGCCGUCUAGGCCGACAUCUGGGACGGCGCGGGAGGACGGAAAUUUCUUCUCCAGUCACAGGUACACGAGGAUCACGAUCGAGUCUUCGUCGUCGUCGUCAUCGUCGUUGUGUUUAUCGUCGUUGUCGUCG